AUGGACUCCGUGAAGAUGAUUCCACUCGAAGGCCGCGUCGACGAUCCACUCCGCUAUGGGAUUCACGGUGUGAAGAGUGAUAUCAUCGAGCCUCACCCCCUUGAAUCUGCCCAGCGCACUGCGAAGGCGAGGGAAGAAGAAUUGAAGAAGAAAAUACUGGCGAAUACUUACGGGGCGGCGUUUCCGAUGAAGAUGGAGCUCGACCGCCAGAUUCUCUCCAAAUUCCAAAGGCCUCCUGGAGUCAUACCGUCUUCCUUUGUAGGUUUAGAGGCCUUUUCUGGAAGCCUGGAAAAUUUUGGUUUUGAAGAUUAUCUCAACGAUCCCAGGGAAUCUGAAACAUUUCGCCCGGUUGAUAUGCAUCAUGGAAUGGAAGUUCGGCUUGGGCUGUCAAAAGGACCACCGUGCCCCAGUUUCAUGUGA